GGAGGCUCUCUACACCUCAGCCUCAAACUUUCUAAUGAAACCCCGCGAAAACUUUUGACAAAAAGCUCAUUUUUUUAUUUAUUUUUUUUCUCCCCGUUUGACACUUUUUUGGGACAAUUUUCUACUGGAAAAACUUCAGGUCCUAUCUGAGAAGAUGGAGCCCAGUUCCACAGAAGGAGGAGCUGAGGAGAUCCCACUCCCAAAAAGUCCACCUGCCAAGGUGAUCCUCAAACACGGCCAGGAGCUGGAGGAGGAGCAGGAGGAGCUGGCCGAGCACCAGCCACUGGAGCAGGAGGACCUCAACUUUGAACGGUGGAAGCGCCGGCCCUUGCCCAGGAGGACGUUGCACCAGAAGAUCAGCGACUUGAAGACCUACCUGUGGAAUGCCGAGACCAAGGAGUUCAUGGGCCGAUCGGGAAAGAGUUGGAGCCUCAUCCUUCUCUUCUACGCUGCGCUUUAUACUUUCCUGGCAGCCAUGUUUGGUGGCUGUAUAUUUUGCCUCAUGUGGUCUAUUAGUCCCUACCAUCCCACCUACAAUGACAGAGUGAUGCCACCAGGUAUGACCAUGGCGCCACACUUGGAAGGCCACGACAUCGCCUUCAACACCUCCGACCGCAAAUCGUGGAAGCGCUACGCCCGCUCCAUGGACGAACACCUACGACCCUACAACGAUGGCGCGCAGGAGAGGAAGAACAUCCGCUGUACGCAGGACAGGUACUUCAUGCAGGAGAACUUGGAGGAGGACGCCGAGAGGAAAGCGUGCCAGUUCAAGAGGUCCUGGCUUGGGGAGUGCUCGGGCCUGCAAGACCCCCACUACGGCUAUUCGCAGGGGAGGCCGUGCAUCCUCCUCCGAAUGAACAGGAUUCUUGGAUACCUCCCUGGCCAAGGGAAACCAGUAAAUGUGACUUGUGGAGUAAAGAAAGGACCAGCAGAUGCCUUGGGAGAAAUACAAUUUUUCCCCAAGAGUAUUUUUGACUUGAAGUACUACCCUUACUACGGGAAACUCCGACACGUGAACUACUCGUCUCCGAUGGUGGCCGUGCGCUUCUCGGGCGUGCAGUACGGCACUCACAUCCAAGUGCAGUGCAAGCUGAACGGAAAGGGCAUCAUCAACGACUCGCCCACCGACCGGUACCUUGGAAGCGUCACCUUCUUCUUGGCCAUCGGCGCGUAGGACCUGCAGGAUGCUCAUUAUUCUAAAAACACCCCAUUUACACCCCAUUUGUGUUCUGUAAGACACCUGCACACACACCACAGGCACCAUGACAUUCAUUUCCUCACAAGAUAAUUAGUCACAUUAAUCCAACUAAACCUCUCCCAGUUGUGUUUUUCCUUGGCUAUGCAAAUCUAAUUAAGAAUUAAACCAGUAAUGCUCUUUAGAAACAUAGGAUAUGUUGAUUUUUGUUAGAAUGUUUUUGCGAAACGGUACUAAUUAUUUGUGCAUGUAUUUUUUUAAACAUAUCUUCGAAGGAAUAUUGUGCAAUGAAACAAGGUCUUGCACUGUA